CGAGGGAGCCCGUUUCUUCUGGCGAGCGCCUCGCGCUGACUUUGCGGUAGGACCAAUUUGACUGCGUAACCGUGCCUGUACAGCUUUUCAUUUGUCAGGAAGUCUCUGUUCGUGAUGUGCGGUCGUUAUACAUACUUCGAAGUAUUGUGCAGCGCAUGCAUGGAUUGUACGCACGUCUUGACACACUUCCCCGCGUUUGCACGUUGAGAUUUGUAUUGCAGGUUCCUGUCAUCUGGUAUGCUGGUGAAGGGACAGCAGCCAUGGCAUUCCGUGUGGGCAUCGAGACGGCACGAAACGUCAUCAUCGAAACCUGCACCGUGCUGUGGGAGGUUUUGUCCCCUGGAUACAUGAAGACACCAACAGAACAAGACUGGCGAGAAAUCGCCGAUGGGUUCUGCAGCCGUUGGCAAUUCCCAAAUUGCCUGGGAGCAGUCGACGGCAAGCAUAUCCAGAUCAAGUGCCCCCGCAACGCUGGAAGUAUGUACUUCAAUUACAAGGGAACCCAUUCCAUUGUAUUGAUGGCUGUGGCUGACAGCCAGUACCUGUUCAGGCUGGUGAAUGUGGGUGCACCUGGGAGGUUUAGUGAUGGGGGAAUCUUGCAAGAUUCUCCUAUCGGCGAACGACUGCAUGAGGGCGAGCUCAGCCUACCUCGAGCAGCCACGCUCCCAAGGUCAGGAAGAGUUUGUCCUCACGUGUUCGUUGGCGAUGAGGCCUUCCAGUUGCGUCCAGACUUCAUGAGGCCACUGCCAGGGAGCCGGACUGCACCUGAGGAGGUGAUCUACAACUACCGCCUCAGUCGUGCAAGGCGCUGUGUGGAAAAUGCCUUCGGUAUUCUCGUAUCCCGCUGGCGGAUAUACGAGAGGCGCAUAAACAUGAAGCCUCAAAAUGUGGAGACCAUCGUGAAGGCUACAUGCGUGCUGCACAUCUUCCUGUCAUCCAAUGCUGCAUCAACCUACUGUCCUCCGGGCUUCGCAGACUUCCAAGGACACCUUUGGGACUGUGAGCGGUGGUGCCUGGCGACAAGGACCAGAGAGCACUACAGUGUUCGGGUCAGGCAGGAGCUCAUCAGGUACUUCAGCGAUGAAGGCCAAGUGCCUUGGCAAUGGAAGCUGCCCGGAGUUGCCCCACAUCAAGCUUCGAGUGGCUAA